UAAAACCAUCAUUUGUCUUACAAGCAAUACUCACCAAGCAGAAUAUCAAAAUGGCUCUCCGUAUUAUUUUUGUCAUCAUUGCCACAAUCGUCCUGGCUCAAGGAUCAAAUAUUUCGCCAGUUGCGCAGGAGAAUCUUGUGCCGGUUCAUCACUCUGGAGUGGUUUCAUCUGGAGCUCCUGCCGUUGGUGUUACCCGGGGCCGCCCAGCCGCUUCUCAGGCCCAGCGUCCUGCCUAUGGUCAUGGAUCCAUCUCUGGAUCUAUCGGAGGAUCCCGUCGAGUGGGCGAAGUUCCAGCGGCCGGAUCUCGUCCUUAUGGUGGUGCUCCUCGUCGUUCUUCUGCAAGCGCUUAUGGUCGUCCCAUCGGAGGUGGAGCUGCCCAAGGAAAUGUCCACCGCAACCGCAACCAGAAACCAUAUUAGAAACACUUUACAAAUUAUACACCAUCCCAUCCCGAUCUGACGAAAAUGACCCUAUUGUAAUUUAAAUGAUCUCAACUCAGCUCUUUCAUAA